UUUUUAUUUACAUUUUUUCCCGGGAAGAAGUCUUACUCCGUUUCUUUUACAAAUAAGUUAUUUUCUUUAGAUAUUGUUACAAAAAAUAUUGACAGAUAUUGUCACUAUAAAUAUUAGGAUUAGGUAUUUUUUAAAAUAAUAUAUAAUCAGAUGGAGGAGGUACAUAUUCAAUUGAACAACGACAACCCCGGAGUUUUGAACCUUUCGUUAAGGAAUGAAAUUAAUACAGAAAAUGAAACAGGGGCAGAAGAGGCACUUCCUCAGGUACCUGUAGAUUCAGUGGAAUUUGCACCUCCGAUUGCAUCUAAUAAUAGUUUACCGUCGCCAGACGUGAUUAUUGUUGACAACGACAACAGUUCAAGAGCCGAAAAUUUUACGGUAGAAACUGAAACUCCAACUAGUUCAAGGAAAAAACGUAAACGUCGGUCGAAAAGCAAAACGUCUAAGGAAUCAAAAAUUGACAUAUCUUUAACUGAAGAGGACGAUGAUGGUUCCAUAUGCAUGAUAUGUUGUGAACACUAUACCAUGUCGGGAGAACAUAGAUUAACAUCCUUAAAAUGUGGCCAUCUAUUUGGUGAAUCUUGUGCGCGUAGGUGGUUGUCGCAAUGUGGAAAUGCAGCUACACGUUGUUGUCCCUUAUGUAAAUCAAAGGCAGAUUUUCGGGAUAUUAGACAUAUUUAUGCAAAAAAAAUAGCUGUGAAAGACAACACAGAAGAAGUCAGGUUAAGGGAAGAUUUAAAAAUGGAGAAACAACGAAGUCACAAAUUGGAAACCGAACAUCAAUUAAUGACCUUAGAAUUGAAGUUAAUUCAAAAAAAAGUUGUAAAGUUGGAAGCUGAUAUAGAAAGAAUGCGCAGAAUAGCAAAUGCUAAUGCUAGUUCAAAUGCUAGUUCCAUUACAGCAUCAUUCAUAGAUAAGCCUACCAAAUAUUUAUAUGAUCAUAAAAUGCACAUGAUAAAAAAUUUAGAAAUAUGUUCAGAGCCAGGCUGCCGUUGCUUAGCGUAUGCGUCGAGUGAAAAGCAGUUAUUUGCUUCUCAAAAAUCAAUGCAGAAUCUUUUUCGAGGUUACGGCGUUAAAUAUAUUGAUGUUGCAACUGACUUUAAACCCACGGCGUUCUUAUAUACUUCAACCAAAGUUUUGAGAGACCUAUCUUUAACUUCAACAGAAGAUUUAAUUUCUUGCGCGUCACAAGAAAAAAUAAUUAAAGUUUUUGAUGUUAAAAAUAGAACAGUAAUGACAACUAUCACUCCAUCAGAAAAAGAUAUAUGGUCUUGUGCAUUUGAUCAAGAUCAACGUAGUCAUUUAUUAUAUUUAGGAUCACAACAUGGGAGUACGUACAUAUACGAUAUCCGCAGUACCCACCAAUGCUUGGAAGAAACAUCAAAUGUUGAUGACACAAGCCCUGUGAUAAAUAUUUUUCCAGUACCGUCGUCAGAUAUGUUUCCUUUUGGUGGAUAUCUGGUCUGUAAAUUACAAAGUUUAUGGUUUUAUGAAUUUUUGCCUACUCAACGGUUAAGUCCAAAUAAAUUAGCUGUAGAAGGACCAUUUUUGUCAAUAAAUUAUAAUAAUAUAACGGAUACUAUAUUGAUAUCAACAAGAAUCAGCGCAAAAUUUCCUAUGUCUAAAUAUAUUUUAGGUAAAUUAAACAAAAUAGAUAAUAUAGUUAUGUUUCAUAUAGAACUAGAAUUAUUCGGCUCACGAGUUAUACGCAUCAUGUCAAGAUGCACACAAAUUCCAAUAAAAGGCAAUAGCUUGGUUGCAGCUUAUAUUCAAGAUUCAAAGCAAUUAACAUUAUGGAAUGUAGGAGAAAGUAUGAAAAUACAGUCAUUGCCAUGCGUUGACACGGUUUAUGAUACAUGUCCGAUAAUAAUUGAUGGAAACAAUGAAAGUACCUACUUAGCAGCAUUGACUGAAAUGAAAUGUAGAAUAUAUAAGGUAGAAUCAAUGUUGAAGUAAAGUUAGAAUUUAACACACUGCAUACCAUGAUAUUUAAAACAAAUUUCUUUGUUUAGGUAUUAUUGUAUGUAUUCCAAUUUAUGUUCAACUAAAUGAAACAUUUUUUUUUUAAUAUCUGAAAGAAUAAAUCUGUGAAUCUUUAAAUUUUAGAUAUCAUUACGGUUUGUUUUCUGAAACUUGUCUA